GCCUACAACAACAACACGCCAACCUACAACCAGACAACAGCUGCACAACCAACCUACAACCACUAGCCAACAACCUUCCGCCAAGCAGUCUACAACUCGCCGACCAUCGCUCCCCAACAGCCAACAGAUGUUCAACCAGACAGCAUCCAGCCCUGUUGUCACCAGCCAACCUUCAACCUUUGCCCCCACGACCUUUGCCCCCACGACCUUUGCCCCCAGCUCACUGCAGCAGCUGGAGCAGCACUUUUCCAAGCGGUUCAUGUCCGGUUUUGACGAGGCUCCCUUCAGCAAGACCACCGCCCUCACCACCACCAACAACGUUUCCAUGACGACCGUCGCCACCACCGUUACCAUGACGACCGCCGCCGUGUCCAGCCGGACCGGGACAUCAGCGUCCGACGGUUCCGCGGUUGCCAUGGCGCCCAAGUUCAAGGCGCCGCCGCCCCCCACCAACGGGGUGAAGCCUGCGGCCAGCAGUGAGAACGACGGCGUGACCUCCCCAGCCGACAGCAGAACUCUCUCGCCCGCCGUGCUGUCUCCCGCACAGGUCAAAGGCCAGGGGACGGGGGAUCAAAGUUCGAAGCCGAUGUCGCCAGCGGUGGCGGUGAAGUCGCCUGCAGUACCCCCGCCUGCCCAGCAGGGGUCCUCGCCGGCGCCGGUGCCCUCCCCCAAACCGAAGCGUGGACCAUCGCCCGCCCUGGCGAACUCGCCCGCGGUGCAGUCGCUACGAUCACCAGCUCCCGGUUCACCCUUCGCUCAGCCCCUCAAGUCGCCACUGGAGAAAAAGUCGCCAAAGGUUCCGCCGCCCUUGAAGUCACCUUCCGAGGUCAAAUCCCCCAUGAUGCCGCAGCGGCAGUCGCCGGGCCUGAGAUCUCCCACAAUCCCCCAGGAGUCGGGCGGCAGCGUUCCGAGCUCGCCCGCCGUGCCCAUCAAAUCCCCCGCCGUCCUGAAAUCUCCCAGCAUGCCCAACAACUCUCCCAUGAUGCAACAGGUGAAGUCGCCGAUGCGGCGGCAGGAAAGCUCGCCCGUCGUUACCAUGGUGAGGCAGGAGAUCCCCAAGACCAUGAUGCCGCAGGAGAGGUCGCAGGUCAUCCCCACCACCAUGCGACCCUUGUUGCCACGGCAACCCCAGCAGCUGGACACCAUGAGCCAAGGUCAGAGGCUGGCCAUGAUGGCAGGUCAAAGUGCAAUGUUAGGUCAGAGUUCGAUGGGGAUGUCCGUCGCCUCAUCGGGACAGUUCGGCCAUCAGAUGGGCGGUUUCCCGCGGCAACCGUCGCCGGGGCAACGGCACAUGCUUGGGCGCGGGCCGGCGCAGUACCUGGCGCGGCCGCCAGGGGGUGAUGUGGAGCCGCAGUCGAGGGGAAACAUCAUGUACUCGCAGUCACAGCUGGUGCAGAUGCAGGCCCGCUACAUGGCCGGGCUCCGACAGGACACCCCCGCCCAGACAAUGGUACCUCCCGGGAUGAGACAACAGGACACCCCCGCCGCAGGAAUGAUCCCUUCCCAGCCCAGGCCCAGCUUCGAGCCGCAGGCACCGGUGGAAAUCGGACCAAACACAGAGUUCGCGCUGGCUUUCCAGAAACGCGGGCCCCCCUCCCCACCACAGAACAGGUUCCCCAGCCCACAGCAGGCCCACCCCCCACACCCUGGGGAGCACAGGUACCCCCACCCUGGGGACAUCCGCUUCAGCGAGGCUCAACAGAUCAUGGAUGCAAGAUAUCCCCACCCAGGGGAGAGCAGGUUUCCCCACCCCAGUGACAGUCGAUUUCCCCACCCAGGGGAAAGAUUUCCCCACCCUGGUGACACUAGGUUUCCCCACCCUGGGGAGAGUAGGUUUCCCCACCCUGGUGACAGAAUUCCCCACCCAGGGGAAGGCAGGUUCCCCCACCCCCAACAAGGCACCCAGAGAUACAUGCACCCUGGUGAGAGGUACCCCCACCCUCAGCAGGCGUUGGACAGGUUCCCCGCCCCGGGGGAGGGUCGUUACGCCCCAGGGGAGGGGAGGUACGCCCCAGGGGUGGGGGAGAGCCGGUACAUGGCGCAGCGGAUGGCCGGGAUGCUACAGGACGGGCUGGAGGAGGCGAGCCUGAUGGACCGCUCCGUCGCGCUGCAGAACUUACAGAACAUGCUGGGGGGCCCGCCGCGUGCCAUGGCAGCCGAGUCGCUAGGCAACAGCAUGGAGGCGUUUCCCGGGCAACGGCAGAUGGUGGAGGAGAUGAGGUCGCAGGAGGCCGUGCAGAGCAUGCUGGGAAGGAUGAUGCAGCAAUCCCACAAUGCCAUGGGAAACGUGCCCAUGCCGAAGUCGGUCAUGUCCGCCGGACUUACCCAUGGUGCAAUGCAGGGGCCGAGGAUGUCGCCGCCCUACAGCGCAGCCGACGGAGGUCAAGGGUCAGUGGGCCAGAUGUCAGGGGGUCAAAUGUCGCCUGGGAGCAUGAUGUUCAAAGCGCCUGUGGGUCCAGUGGGGGAUGCUGGGAUGCGUGGGGAGGGGGGCGUGCACAUGCAGGACAUUCAGCAGACGCGGAAGGCGCAGCGCUUCGUGUUGCCCACGGAAACACCAACCAGAACGCUGCAGUACUUUCCCGCGGGGAAGCCCGCCGACCGGGCGCCGCACCCCGGCGCCAUGCAGCCCGCCAUGAGCGUCCCGAACCUUUCAGCCAAUCAGGAGCCGCAGAAGAGAAUCUCCUUCUCCGAGGAAAACCUGAUGCAAGCUGGGAGCAGAGCAAUGAACCCUGGGUAUCCUGCAAUGAACCAUGGGUACUCGGGCUACCCUGGACAGUAGGACUAUGUGGUGCGGGGGGGUGCAGGGUUGAGAAAUGUUGCCAUAUCCAGUGAAACUACAUAGAGCAGGACAUGAGAUAUAUUUGUACAUACGUGUUUUGCAGGGCAUGGUGGGUAUGACCUUUGACCAGCCCGCUGAUGUGUCCCUUGACCUUGUUGUUCCAUGAAGUUCUGCAUGUAUUCUGGCCGUGGUGUGGAUCUCUGCGACCCCUGUCCUCUGACCUGACCUGACCCUGAUGUUGUAAGGUCACGACCCUGACCUGACCUCUACAUCUUAUUCUACUUUUCCCGGAAAAGAAACACAAUUUCCAGGAGACAACAUUUUGAGAAAAGACUCUUUCAGAAAGCACAAAACAUCCUGUAGCUCUAAACACACCCAGUAUGGGAAAGUUUUUUUUUUUCCUACCAUUUCGAAAACUUUAAUUUAAUGGAGAUGGUCCACAUAGAAUAUGCAAAGCUAGAAAAUGUAAACCAAAGCUACUACUGUCAGAAAAGAUUUAACCCUGAAACACAAGUCAGGUCAGGUUAGAAAUUUGAUACCUUGAUGUUCUGUCUCCCAGAGAUGUUGCCACCAGACCUUUUGUAGCGAUGUGAGGGAACAACAGCAGUGGACAGUGGGGAUUUUUUGUGCAGCAAGUUGAAACUGUAAUUUCCAACACAAGAAAUUGGACUCACCCAAAU